GUGUGUGGUUGAGUCAGCAACGUGGCUUCUGCAGAGAGGAAAGCAGCCAGCCACAGCCACAGCCCGUCAUAGCCGUAGAUCUCGGCAAACCCUCUCUCACUCCUAGGAUCCUGCUUCCUUGUUCUCUCCUGUCUACCGACACGAGGUUCUUUUGCAACCUAGCUCUCCUCUCCCCCAAAUCAUCUUUUCUAUCCAGAGUGCGUGCGCUCUCUGAUGAGUCCGGUUUCUGUGCAGGUGCUACGGCAAUUCUAGUCGACACCUGUUUUCUGUGAUACGUCGUGCGUCUGCCCUUCCCUUGGCCCGUCUGAAAUUCUCGGCAGCUCUGGCAACAACAGUCGACGAGAAAAAAAAAUAUGCUAACGGACGGACUAGACCUCUUAUAUUUGAUUUGCAUUCCUAUAUCUUUUCAACUCUAGAGCCUUCCUAAUAGAAGCGCUUCCAACUCUUCUCUUGUCGUGAUCCCUUGUUCUUGUUAACGCUGUAAAAAAAAUCCCGCAAUGCUUCGUACCACAGCCCUCAAGGCCACCGGCAGCGGUAUGCUGCGCGGUGCUGCCUCCUCAGCCUCUAGGAGGUCUAUUUCUCUUGCUUCUACUGCCAGACAUGCCUCUUCCAACCAGAGCUCAAAAUUUGGCUUGACCACGAGACGACCUCUCGCCGUUGUUGAUCGUUUGUCCAACGGCAGGAGAGCAUACGCCGUCUCCGCGGAGGACACGAAUAAGGGCGUGGAUCCCAAUGAUUCCUUCCUCUCAGGCAACACUGCAAACUAUAUCGACGAGAUGUACCUGGCGUGGAAGAACGACCCGUCAAGCGUCCACAUCUCGUGGCAGACCUACUUCAAAAACAUGGAGGACGGCAACAUGCCUGUCUCACAGGCCUUCCAACCACCCCCGACAAUCGUCCCUACCCCGACCGGUGGUGUUCCCCAAACUAUGCCUGGCGCUGGUCUGUCUAUGGCUGCCGGCACCGACGUCACCAAUCACUUGAAGGUUCAGCUACUCGUUCGCGCCUACCAGGCUCGCGGUCACCACAAGGCUAAGAUCGACCCUCUGGGCAUCCGUGGUGAGGCUGAGGCCUUUGGCUACAACAAGCCCAAGGAACUCGAGCUUGAUCAUUAUGGAUUCACCGAGCGCGAUCUGGAUGAGGAGUUUACCCUUGGCCCCGGCAUUCUGCCGCGGUUCGCUACCGAGAGCCGUAAGAAGAUGACCUUGCGCGAAAUCAUCGCCACCUGUGAGAGUAUUUACUGUGGCUCUUACGGUGUGGAGUACAUCCAUAUCCCUGAUCGCAAGCCUUGCGACUGGAUCCGUGACCGCUUUGAGAUCCCCGAGCCUUACAAGUACUCUGUUGAUGACAAGCGCCGCAUUCUCGACCGUCUUAUUUGGAGUCACAGCUUUGAAUCCUUCCUUGCCACCAAAUUCCCCAACGACAAGCGUUUCGGUCUCGAGGGCUGUGAAUCGCUCGUCCCUGGUAUGAAGGCCUUGAUUGACCGUAGCGUUGACUACGGUAUCAAGGACAUCGUCAUCGGUAUGCCCCACCGUGGCCGUCUCAAUGUCCUGUCCAACGUUGUCCGUAAGCCGAACGAGUCCAUCUUCAGUGAGUUCUCUGGCUCCGCUGAGCCCUCCGAUGAAGGCUCUGGCGAUGUCAAGUACCACUUGGGUAUGAACUUCGAACGCCCUACUCCCUCCGGUAAGCGCGUCCAAUUGUCUCUGGUUGCCAACCCCUCCCACUUGGAAGCCGAAGACCCCGUCGUUCUCGGAAAGACCCGCUCUAUCCAGCACUACAACAAGGAUGAGAAGAAUUUCGACUCUGCUAUGGGUGUGUUGCUGCACGGUGAUGCGGCGUUUGCUGGCCAGGGUGUCGUGUACGAGACCAUGGGCUUCCACUCCCUGCCUGCUUACUCCACUGGCGGUACCAUUCACAUCAUCGUGAACAAUCAGAUUGGUUUCACUACCGAUCCUCGUUAUUCCCGUUCCACCCCCUACUGCUCGGAUAUCGCUAAGUCGAUUGAUGCCCCUGUUUUCCACGUCAACGGUGAUGACGUUGAGGCCGUGAACUAUGUCUGCCAGGUCGCCGCAGACUGGCGUGCGGAGUUCAAGAGCGAUGUCGUCAUUGACAUUGUCUGCUACCGUAAGCAGGGUCACAACGAGACCGACCAGCCGUCUUUCACUCAGCCCUUGAUGUACAAGCGUAUUGCCGCUCAGAAGAAUCAGCUUGACAAGUAUGUCGAGAAGUUGAUCACCGAGGGUACCUUCACUAAGGAGGACAUCGAUGAGCACAAGAAAUGGGUCUGGGGAAUGCUUAACGACAGCUUUGACCGUAGCAAGGACUACCAGCCUACUGGCAAGGAAUGGCUGACCUCCGCAUGGAACGGAUUCAAAACCCCUAAGGAGUUGGCCACCGAGGUUCUGCCUCACCUCCCCACCGGUGUUGAGGGUCCUCUUCUGAAGCACGUUGCUGACAAGGUUAGCGGUGCUCCCGAAGGCUUUACUCUGCACCGUAACCUCAAGCGUAUUUUGUCCAACCGCAAGAAGGCCGUGGAUGAGGGCAAGAACAUCGACUGGGCCACUGCCGAGGCUCUUGCUUUCGGCUCCCUCGUUUCGGAAGGCUACCAUGUCCGUGUCUCCGGUCAGGAUGUUGAGCGUGGUACUUUCUCCCAGCGCCAUGCCGUUCUGCAUGACCAGGAGAACGAGAACACCUAUACCCCUCUGCAGCACAUUUCUGAGGAUCAGGGCAGCUUCGUUAUCUCUAACUCCUCUCUGAGCGAAUUCGGAGCCCUUGGCUUCGAAUACGGUUACUCCUUAACCUCCCCUAACGCCCUCGUUAUGUGGGAAGCGCAGUUUGGUGACUUUGCCAACAACGCUCAGUGCAUUAUUGACCAGUUCAUUGCCUCCGGAGAAUCCAAGUGGUUGCAACGCUCCGGUCUUGUUGUCUCCCUGCCCCACGGUUACGAUGGCCAGGGCCCAGAGCACUCCUCCGGCAGAAUGGAGCGCUGGUUGCAGCUCUGUAACGAGGAACCUCGUAUCUUCCCCUCUCAGGACAAGCUUGACCGCCAGCACCAAGACUGCAACAUGCAGAUUGCGUACAUGACUGAGCCUGCUAACCUGUUCCACAUCCUGCGUCGCCAGAUCCACCGCCAGUUCCGCAAGCCUCUUGUGAUUUUCUUCUCGAAGGCACUCCUCCGUCAUCCGAUUGCCCGCUCUGAUAUUGAGGCCUUUUCGGGCGACUCUCACUUCCAGUGUAUCAUCCCUGACCCCGCUCAUGGCUCUGCCAUUGAUGAGCCUGAGAAGAUUGAGCGUGUCAUCCUGUGCUCUGGACAAGUUUACGCUUCCUUGCUGAAGCACCGUGAGGCUAAUGGCAUCCGCAACACUGCUAUCACUCGUAUCGAGCAGCUCCACCCCUUCCCUUGGGCACAGCUCAAGGAGAACCUCGACAGCUACCCCAACGCCCGUAACAUUGUCUGGGCUCAGGAAGAGCCUCUGAAUGCGGGUGCCUGGAGCUACACCCAGCCUCGCAUUGAGACUCUGCUGAACGAGACCGAGCACCACAACCGUCGUCACGUUCUCUACGCUGGUCGUUCGCCCAGUGCAUCCGUGGCCACUGGUCUCAAGAGUGUCCACCUCAAGGAAGAACAGGAAUUCCUCGAGGAGGCCUUCUCCGUUCACCAGGAGCGGUUGAAGGGUGAGUAAGCUUGUGGAUAAUUUAGAGCAAGGGAUAUAUUAGCCUGUACUAGGUGCCUUGUCUUCAGAGAAUUGAGGCAGCGAA